UUUUUAUUUAUGGGAUGAAGAUGUACUUAAAAACCCAUGUCAGAAAAAUAGAGGGCGACAAGUGUUUGAAGGAGGCCACUUGUAGUUUGUAGGAAAGAGUUCGUCUUUCGUCUUUCUCAUUCCUGACAGGAGCACAUGCCAUGAAGACAACUAUCGACCCACUCGCAUACUCAUCUCACAUGGGUCAUGGAUAUCUACAUGACAUCUGAUCCACAACACUCUCGACGACUCAUCCCCUUGGCUAUCACGUUCACACACAAAAUAAAAGAAAAAAACAAUUGUUUCUAUUCGCCAACUCUUUGUACAUGCCAUAAUAACAAGCCUCCCUAUCUCUUCUGGCUUUGUCUCAGGGGAAGGUUUGGUUCUUAUAGUUAUAGGCAAACUGGAGUUAUAGAAUUUUUUGUACAUACUGUGAAAUGGGAAACUGGGUCCCUUCCUUUUUUUUUUUUUUUUGGUUUUAUUAUGAGAUUAACACAAGGCAUUGUCAGGUUUGCCUGUGAAGUUCAAUAAGGAUGAUGAAGCUAUAGGAAUUAGGAAGUAGGAGGGAAAGAUGGCUGCAAAGCUUCUACAUUCUUUGGCAGAUGACAAUCCUGAUUUGCAGAAGCAAAUAGGAUGCAUGACUGGGAUCUUUCAAAUCUUUGAUCGUCAUCAUAUGCUCACCACUAAGCGCCUGAGCCAUUGGAAGCUUCCUGCCGGUAAUUCCCACCUGAACAAUGGAAUCCUGGAAGCGGAUUCAAAUACUGGAUAUCAUGGACACACAUCAACGGAAAUGAAUAUAAACAGAAGCGUGAAUGAGAAACAAAGAAUUUCUACAGAAUCUUCAAGAGCCUCUUUUUCAUCGUCCUGCUCAUCUUCCUUCUCAUCACUGGAUUGUAACGAGACAGCCCAGCAAGAGGCCUCUUCCUUUGACAGAAUCCUGUUUCCUGAAACUCCCUUUAGGGACCCAGUGAUGAACCAACCAAGUACUUCUCCACAUUUAGGGUCACAAUGCCUUGACCUCCGAGAUGUGGUCAAGGACUCAAUGUAUGGAGAAGCCAGAGGACUAUCGGUUAAAACAACAACCAGAGAGGAAGUAUCGUGUUGUACUGUGAAGCAUAGAGAUUCACCAAGGUCAUUUCAGCUUCCUAAAUCAGUGGGCAGGUCUUAUGGUGUUGGGAUCAAUGAAAAGCAAAAUGUGCCUGCUGAUAUGAAGGAGUCUCUUAGAGGUCUUGCAAAACUUCAGGAAGCACCUUGGUAUUACAACAAUGUAGCUAGAGAAUUUCAAAGAUCAUCACAUGAAGCAAAUGGCUCAUGGAAUUCAAUUUCAAGGGACACUCCUCGAUUUUCUUAUGAUGGAAGAGAGAUUAAUCGUUUAUCUUUUGAAUCGAGAGACACCUUCAAAUCAACACCGCAGCUUAAAGAGCUACCAAGACUUUCUUUGGAUAGUAGAGAAAGGUCAAUGAGGGUUUCAAAUUACCUUAGUAAAAGUCUUCAUAAUAAUGGCAACUUGAACAACAGAGUUACUAAUCCACCACAAUCACCGGGAGCCCAGAAGCACUCUCCUAAUGUUGUAGCCAAGCUGAUGGGCUUGGAACCAUUGCCAGAUUCUUCCUCAGCUUCUGAUGGGCAGUUGGGUGUGAUUAAAACCUGCUCCAUUCAAGAUAACAAUCCUUUCUCACAGUCACUAAGAGCAAAUGAUCUGAACAGGCCAACGAGAACUUCUAACUCUAGAAGAAGUUCACUGAGAGAUCCAACAUUACCGCGGUGGAAAAAUCCUGAUUUGAUCAUGAAACCUAUUUCCAGUUCAAGGUUCCCAAUUGAGCCAGCACCCUGGAGACACGUGGAUGGGAGUCGAGGUUUUCAGAAACAACCUCUCAAGCAUGUAAAAGUUCCAGCCAAGACUCCAAAGUCUUUCCCUUCAGUUUAUAGUGAGAUUGAGAAAAGAUUGAAAGAUCUAGAGUUUAAACAAUCCGGAAAGGAUCUCAGACCUCUUAAACAGAUACUAGAAGCCAUGCAAGCAAAGGGACUCCUUGAGACCAGGAAAGAAGAACAAGCUGCAAACUUGGUGACUCCAAGAGACUAUGAACCAAAAUGUACAAGCCCCAGUCAGAAUCUGAGAGGCCACAGAAUCUCACAGAACAGUUGCAUCACCAUUUCCACCAUCAGACAUUCCAAUUCUGUUAGAACUUAUGAAUCUCCGAUUGUGAUCAUGAAACCUGCAAAACCUGUAGAGAAAGUUGGUAUGCAUGCUUCAACAGUAAUUCCCAUAAAUAACUUCUCCAGUCUCCCCAAGAUUCAUAUUGGGGGAUCUGUAGAUAAUAAAAAGGGUUUGAUAAAUAGUCGAGCAGCUAGAGAUCAUGCUGCCAGAAACAGUCGCAGUGAUUCUGCUGCCAGCUCUACUGAUAAGAAAGCUAGUGGCAGGAAUAGUAGCUCCAUACUAUCUUCAACAAAACCUCCAAAAGAAAGCACCACAACUUCAUUAAAGAAUUCAGGAUCAGUGAGCCCAAGACUGCAGCAGAAAAAGCUUGAAUUGGACAGGCGAUCUCAUCCACCAACUCCACCAUCUAGUCCAAGCAAACCCAGAAGUCAAUCCAACUGGAAGUCGUCAGAGUCAGGUUCCCCUGGUGGUAAACAUAGAGCAAAAUCUCACAACAUGCAGCAAUGUGAUGAACAACUGAGUCAUAUAAGUAAUGAAUCACAGACUUCAAGACACCAAGGGGAUGACAUUUCUCCGCAAUCAGACAGCAAUAUGAACUUGGAGUCCAAGUUAGAUGUGGAAGUUACCAGUCGGGAUCGAUCUAUUGAAAUCAGUGGUAAUCAAAGCCCAUCCAUGAAAGCUGCCAAGUACUCAAUUUCUGGCAGAAUGCAGAAAAAAUCAACACCAAGUCAGAAAUCAACAUCAAGACUGGUUGAGGAUAGAUCAGUGGCAGAACUAGCUAUGGUUGCUCCAGAAUAUCCAAGUCCUGUUUCUGUUCUUGAAACUUCAAUUUAUAGAGAUGAUGCACCAUCUCCAGUAAAGCAGAUAUUGAACACCCCUGAAGGUAGUGGUGCAGAAGGUUUCAAUGACGACUACAAUGGAGAGCAAUGGAACCCUGCAAAUAAGUGCUUGUCUAACAACGUGGGGUCUGAUCUUACCUCAGAGAUUAAUGGCAAGAAACUACAGAACAUUGAACAUUUGGUCCAAAAACUUAGAAGACUGAACUCCAAUCAUGAUGAAGACAGUACAGAUUACAUUGCAUCACUUUGUGAGAAUACAAAUCCUGAUCGCAGAUACGUUUGUGAGAUAUUAUUAGCCUCUGGCCUUCUACUGAGAGAUCUCGGUUCUGGCUUGACAACAUUUCUGCUCCAUCCAUCAGGCCAUCCCAUACACCCAGAGAUGUUCUUUGUUUUGGAGCAGACCAAAGCCAGUUCUUUGUCAUUGAACGAAAGCAGCACUGGAAAGGUUUCCCAUUCAAAGCCAGACCAUGAGAAAUUCCACCGAAAGCUUAUAUUCGAUUAUGUCAAUGAGAUUCUUAUUGGAAAGUUAGCUCUAGUUGGGGCCUCUCCAGAGCCUUGGAAAAACUCUGGCAAGCUGGCAAAGAAGACCCUCAGUGCACAAAAGCUUCUAAAAGAAUUGUGUUUGGAGAUAGAGCAGCUUCAAGCCAAGAAAUCAAAGUGCAACCUGGAGGAAGAGGAGUAUGGUCUGAAAAGCAUCUUGCGGGAAGAUGUAAUGUGUCGAUCAGAGAGUUGGACUGAUUUCAACUGUGAGAUUCCUGGGAUGGUGCUAGAUGUUGAAAGGAUGGUCUUUAAGGAUUUAGUUGAUGAGAUUGUGAUUGGUGAAGGGGGAGCUCUACGAGCCAAGCAAAGUAGGCGGCGGUGGCAGCCGUUUUCCUAGUAAAAUGUUUGCAAAUGCCUUCUAAUUCUUCUUCAUUCACCUUUGUUCUUCCUUCGUUCUGAUUUAAAUGUUUUGCUUUUGCCUGAAAACGUAAUAAUAGUGAUAAGAACUGCAAUCCUGUGUUACAUGUCAUAAAAAUUUUACUUUCUCAGAUUAUGACACCAUACAUAUUUGUAAGUAAAAGUACAUGAGAACCUUUGUAUAUGAGCUCAUGUUUUACGCCAAACUUAUUCCUGGUUGCUUUACUUUGUAAGAGAAAAAAUACAGCUCUGAAGAAAAGAGAAAAAUGAGUUGCCAUUGCUGAAAUGACAGAAAGUGAGUUGAG